AUGGUGGCGGUUUUCGUUGCCAAGGCAUCUCAGUUUGCCGAGGAUCCUGCUGUCGGUCACUGCAUACGAGUCGCCAAGGGCUUCACACAGAUCUGCCUCGUGAACACUGUACUCGUGCUAUUGCCAAUGUGUCGGAACCUCGUCACGGGUCUCCGUGCACUUCCGAUUGUCACGAGUUAUCUCCCCGUUGACCAACACAUUGAGUUUCACAAAAUUUGCGGCAUUGUGCUGCUACUGUCAGCGCUGGGACACACUGCUGCCUGGAUUGCUAUCAUCAUUUACGCACGUGGAGCACCAGAGUCGGUCUGGGAGAAGUCGGUAUGCCACCACCUCACAUUAGUUUGGGAAGACAAUUGGCUCAACUUGACGUUACGAGUUCCAAUGUGGACGGGGAUAGUCAUGUCAUUGUGUGCUGCCAUUGCUGCUACGAUGUGUAUCCGCAAGAUUCGCCAAGGAAACUUCAAUUUCUUUUGGCUCUCCCAUAUGUUGUUCAUCCCGUUUGUCGUCUUGAUGGCAUUCCACGGCUUCGCCAGCUGGGUAGCUACUCCACAAGCUCAGUACUGGGUCUUACCUCCACUGCUCAUUUACCUAAUUGAGAAACGUUAUCGAAUGGGAUACGUAUUUGGUGGCAAAACUACGAUCACCGAGCGCUUCUUACCGGGAAUGUACGUGUUUGUCAACGUACCUGCAAUUUCCCGGUUUGAGUGGCAUCCUUUCACAGUUUCUUCCGCCCCAGAAGAUAAAUUCCUUACGCUUCACAUUGAAAAAAACGGCGACUGGACGGCGCAAGACUACGCAAGAUACCGCGAAGUCGUCCUCGUUGCUGGCGGUAUUGGUGUUACCCCGUUUGCCUCGAUCUUGAAAAAUAUUCUUCAUCAGUGGGAAAGCUACCGGUGUGGAUACUGCAGAAACAUUCGCUUCCCGCCCACCUUCCACCUACAAAAGAUUUACUUUUAUUGGGUCACUCGUAGCCAGAGAUCACUCACUUGGUUCGCCAAUACCAUGAACCAGUUGAGUGAGAUGGAUACGGAGAAUCGACUCGAGAUCCACACCUUCUACACCGCAAAGAGUCUUGACGACGUCAUCGGCCCAUUACAAGCGCUACAGACUUUCAUCCACGCCACCGAGGGCCAAGAUAUCGUGUCUGGCCUACAAACGAAGCAGAAGACGCACUUCGGAAGUCCAGACUGGAGCGCCGAGCUUUCGCGGAGAUCGGAGUAUUUUUCUGCGGACCUAAGAAAAUGGGCCGCGAGAUCCACGAUCACUGCGUGUUGCUAA